AUGCCUCUCAAUCACGUCUGCAACUUCGAAACCGAUGCCACCUGGUCCAUUUACGGAGUCAAUUGGAAACACCCUGUCAUCAACCCUGCCGGCGUUGACAACGACGAACUCGAAGACGCGAUAUCUUCAUCAAACUCACCGGUCGCCACUUGCCCCAAGAACACCUCCGAUGGUCUUUCUGCUAUUGUGGCUACUAGCCUGGCUGCUACUCAAGCUGAGCUAGUUGCUCCAACGGCCCGAACUGCCUCUGGGGCUGCUCAUAGCUCAUAG